AUGAGUGUACUUCACUUCUCAGUCACAGGUGUAGAUCACUGGGGUGCCGUCAUGUCGACCGGAGUGGCCUGCACUCUCUACUGUACAUUAGGCGGUCUGAAGGCAGUGGUGUGGACGGAUGUAUUCCAGGUGGGCAUCAUGUUGGCCGGGCUCUUGGCUGUCAUCGUCCAAUCAGUGCUGCUGCAGGGCGGGAUCUCCACUAUCAUCAGUGACUCUGCCCAGGGCGGGCGGCUCAACCUAUGGGACUUCGAUCCAAACCCUCUGAGGAGACACACUUUCUGGAGCAUCACAGUGGGAGGGACGUUCCUCUGGACCAGCGUCUAUGGUAUCAUCAAUCAAGCUCAGGUGCAGAGAUACAUAUCAUGCAAGUCCAUGUUCCAUGCCAAAAUGUGA